AUGUCCAAUCCCGCUCUCCUCGGGGCAGAGUCCUAUGAACUACCUCCCCACUCAUCUCACUCUGAUACACCCAUGAUCGAUACAGAGAAAUUUCAGAAGCCCAUUCGUUUAAACUUUAGCGAUCGACUAAGGCACUUCACAUGGGCGUGGUAUACACUUAGUAUGAGUACUGGAGGCCUGGCUCUUUUGAUUGCCAGUCAGCCAAACAGAUUCAAAGGCCUAGACGAGAUCGGCCUCGCGAUCUAUAUUAUCAACUUAAUCAUGUUUGCCCUUGUCUGUUCACUUAUGGCUGCGCGAUUCAUAAUCCACGGUGGUCUUAUCCAAUCUCUCACACACGAGCGAGAAGGUCUAUUCUUCCCAACAUUCUGGCUUUCUAUUGCAACAAUGAUCACUGGCCUAGAGAAAUACUUCGGAGACGACCCUGCCAAGGCCUUCUCUACUACCCUGGAAGUUCUCUUCUGGAUAUACUGUGUCUGUACCUUCGCUGUUGCUGCCAUUCAAUACUCUUUCGUCUUCUCCUCUGUCACAUAUCGACUACAGACCAUGAUGCCCUCUUGGAUCCUCCCUGCCUUCCCCAUCAUGCUCAGUGGCACAAUUGCUUCCGUCAUCGCCGAACGACAACCUGAUCGCUCUGCAAUCCCCAUCGUUACCGCCGGCAUGACCUUCCAAGGUCUUGGCUUUUGCAUCAGCUUCAUGAUGUACUCUCACUACAUUGGUCGACUUAUGGAAUCCGGACUUCCAAAUCGGGAGCAUAGACCAGGAAUGUUCAUUUGCGUGGGCCCACCAGCUUUCACAGCAUUAGCCCUUAUCGGUAUGGCUCGUGGUUUACCAGAGACCUUUAGUGUCAUGGGUAGCGAAGAUACAGGUGCAGAUGGUCGGAUGCUUGAGAUUCUAGCUCUGGCUGCAGGCUCUUUCCUUUGGGCUCUUAGUCUCUGGUUUUUCUGCAUUGCGCUGAUUGCUGUACUCCGAUCACCGCCAACUGCUUUCCAUCUAAGCUGGUGGGCUAUGGUCUUUCCUAAUACUGGCUUUACUAUCGCUACUAUUACACUUGGUAAUUCUUUUGAGAGCUCUGCUAUUAAAGGGUUUGGUUCGGCACUUUCUGUUUGCAUUAUAUCAAUGUGGCUCUUUGUGUUUGUUAAUCAUAUUCUCGCUGUCAUUCGACAGGAUAUUAUGUUUCCUGGCAAGGAUGAAGAUGUCUCAGACUAG